CGGUGCGUAAAUCCAGUACGUGCUGACAAUAAGACAAUUUGAAGAUUAUUUUCAGCAGAGGUGUGUGUUUAACAGCACGUCAGCGCGAAUUAGCUGUUUGGACAACAAGUAACCCCUCAAUGAUGGGUCAUUGAUUGCUGGGAAGGAAUUAAAGGGGGGGCUGCAGUUACGCGCCUUGGGUGUGUCAGUAGACGUCACGGAAGUCUGCUAUCCGGUGGCUGCACUGUGGGAACUGUAUAAAUCCGCGCCAGUAGCCAAAACGAUGAGAAAAAGUUGCACUGGAGUUGAAGCUCGGUGUCCUGUUGCGUGAUCUCCCGCAGCAGCCCUCAGGAAAUCUCUAUUCAGCAGCAGAGCGCCGCAGCCAAGCGCACCGCGCUGGGCUAAGUCUGGAGAGGGGUAACAUCAACUGCAGGACUAAAACCCGCUUUCUAUUUUGUUCUUAAAACGCACCUGCUCUAUCGGAGUCACCCAAGAUGAUGAAUUUUAUCCUCAUCUGCCUGUUAUGUGGAUUGUACGGUGUUCUCGCAAAAGAUAAGGAGCAAAAGGGGAAGUACAGCGUACCUAUUCUGGAUGUGAAAACCCGGCAGCUAGUCCUGGAUGUCAACAAGACGCUACAUCUCAACUGCAGGGGUCGCUGGGAGCUGACAUGGGCGUUCCCACCGGGUUUGGCCAGAGAUCAGGUGCAGGUGGAGGAUUCUCGCUGUGGGCGGACCCGCCAGCAGUACUGCAGCAGUUUGACGGUGAGCCGCAGUCAGGCCCGGCAUACCGGCCUGUUCCGCUGCAGAUACCAACGCCAAACCCGGAAACAGACAUCAGUUUACGUUUAUGUCACAGACAGCCAGCAGCCAUUUGUGGACCAUCCGGCUAUGAGCCCAGAUGUGUUGUACAUGAAGGAGAAGCAGCCGCUGGUCAUCCCGUGCCGUGUCACCCACCCCAACAUUACCACCAAGCUGGUCAAGUUACCAAACCACAGCCUGAGUCCAGACCAGAGGAACAUCAUCUGGAACAGCAAGCAAGGUUUCACCAUCCGAACUCCCACCCUCUACUACAUCGGCCUUCUCUACUGUGAGGCAAUCAGUGAAGGCGUCACACACAAUUCAAAGAUGUUCUUUGUACACAGACCAGUGAACAACAUCAUAGAUGUGUAUCUGAACAGCAAGGGACCUGUGCAGAAACUGAAGGGAGAGAGGCUAGUCUUGAACUGCACCGCCAUCGGGGAGUUGAACACGAGAGUCAACAUCACCUGGGACUACCCUGGAAAGAUUAACAGCUCUGGCUCCACAACAAAGAGGCUCCUGAAGCACCGAACCCACUUGUUGUUCUACAGUAUUCUGACCAUCCCAAAGCUCCAGCGCUCAGACCGAGGGCUUUACACGUGCCGUGUCACCAGUGGGGAGAAAACCAAACAACAGAAAGUCAAUGUCACCGUUUUUGACCAUCCAUUCAUCCGCCUGAAGCCAAGACAUAGGUCUGUGAUGGAGGUACAGGCAGGAGUGAAAUCAUACAAAAUCACCCCCAAACUACGAGCGUUCCCUGCCCCUGAAGUCGUCUGGUUCAAGGAUGGCAUGGUUGCAGCUGAGCAGUGCUCCAGAUACCACAUGAAUGGGAGUUCCCUGGUAAUCCGGGAUGUUGCAGAGGAGGAUGCUGGAAAGUACACCAUCCUGGUACGAAUCCAGGAACACGGGCUGUACCAAAAUCUCACACUUACACUUGUAGUCAAUGUGAGUCCUCAGAUAGGUGAGAAAGCAGUGUCUACACAAGACCCAGGCUCAGUGCCACGGGGGAGCAGACAAGCCCUCCACUGCACAUCCCACGGGGUCCCUCCUCCUCACAUUCAGUGGCUCUGGCAUCCUUGCCCGCCAAAAGGACUGUGUGAGAGUCCAACGUCCUCCUUGUUUUGGAGUCCUGUGACAGAAGGAGUCUUCACCACAUCCACAGGCAACCACAUCCUGAGUGUAGCACACAGGCAGGAAGUUCUUCAGGGGAAAAAAAAGACGGUGGGGGUUCUGACUGUGGCAGAGGCCUUUGUGUCUGGAGUGUAUCGCUGUGUUGCCUCCAACUCUGCAGGCUCAGACCAGCUCGACUUCCACUUCUACGUUACAGAUGUCCCAGGAGGCCUCAGUGUGACCCAGAGGGAGAAGCCUCGAGAGGGCGGAGAUCUUCAUCUCACCUGUGCUGCCAAUAAGUACCUGUACACAGCGUUGUCAUGGCAGCUGGUGAACGACACAGACGAGGCCCAGUCCUGGAGCCCUGCUCUGAGCACUCAGCAGUUCACCUCAGGCCAGUUCUCCAACACUCUGGACCUGCUCAUCAGGAACUUGACAGCCAGAGACUCUGGGACCUACAGGUGCUCCGCCCACCACAUCAUCACCGGACAGGAGACGCACCUUGAUACACCUGUGGUGGUCACAAUUUUGGAGCCUCCGGUGCUGCUUGAUAAUUUGACCGAUUGCACCGUCAAUGUCAGCAACUCAGUGAUAUUGCGAUGCCCCUCUGAAGGUAUCCCACCCCCCACCAUCACAUGGUACAAGGAUGAGCAUGCUCUGUCUCAGGGAUCAGGUAUCAUCAUAUCAACAGAGGAUGGGAGCCUGCACAUUGAUCGAAUCACAGCGGAGGAUCAGGGUCUUUAUACAUGCCAGGCCACCAAUGAGAGGGGGUCUGUGGAGAGCUCUGCUUAUAUAUGGGUCAACGGUCCUUCAGAAACCUCAUUUCUGGAAAUUUCCACACUCACUUGCACCUGCAUCGUUGCCACACUCUUCUGGCUUCUGCUCACUCUUUUCAUUCGUAGACUGAAACAGCCCAGCAGCUCCAGCGUCAAACCAGAGUACCUGUCAAUCAUUCUGGACACAGGAGAAGGACCAAUAGAAGAGCAGUGUGAGAGACUACAAUAUGACCCCAACCAAUGGGAGUUUCCUCGGGAGCGGCUCAAAUUAGGGAAACCUCUGGGCCGUGGGGCCUUUGGUAAGGUGAUGCAGGCGUCUGCAUUUGGUAUCGACAACACCACAAGCUGCAGGACCGUGGCUGUUAAGAUGCUCAAAGAGGGAGCCACAGCCAGCGAGCACAAAGCGCUCAUGACAGAACUAAAGAUCCUCAACCACAUUGGGCAUCAUCUGAAUGUAGUCAACCUACUAGGAGCUUGCACCAAGCCAGGAGGACCACUGAUGGUGAUUGUCGAGUACUGCCGCUACGGAAAUCUCUCCGCCUUCCUCAAGAGCAAGAGAGAGGUGUUUGUGAACAGCAUGGUGGCAUGGGGAGAUGAUGGAGGUGAAGGUUGUGUCAACUGCGAACUAGACGCCCAAAACAACGAGGAUAAGAGCAAAAAGCAUGAACCAGAGUGUUCUGCCAGCGCGCCUUUAUUUCUGGAGGAUCUCAUCUCCUUCAGCUUCCAGGUGGCUCGAGGAAUGGAGUUUCUGGCAUCUCGUAAGUGUAUUCACAGAGACCUGGCAGCCAGGAACAUUUUGCUUUCUGACAAUAAAGUGGUGAAGAUCUGUGACUUUGGUCUGGCUAGAGACAUCUACAAAGACCCUGACUACGUACGCAAGGGAGAUGCUCGUCUCCCUCUGAAGUGGAUGUCUCCUGAGUCAAUCUUUGACAAAGUGUUCACCACUCAGAGCGACAUUUGGUCCUUUGGCAUCCUGCUGUGGGAGAUCUUCUCUUUAGGAGCUUCUCCGUACCCUGGUCUUCAGAUCGAUGAAGAGUUUUGCCACAGGUUGAAGGGAGGGGCGAGGAUGAGAGCCCCUGAGUACAGCACACCUGAGAUAUACAGCACGAUGCUAGCCUGCUGGGAGGCAAACCCUUCAGAUCGACCCACUUUCAGUGACCUGGUGGAGACCCUGGGAGACCUGCUGCAGGCAAGGGUUCAGCAGGAUGGGAAGGAUUACAUUCCACUGGGAUCUUUUACAACAGGGGACAACGGUCGCAGUAUGACUAUUAAAGAAAACCCUCUUGCAGUCACAAAUCUGAGCUACAUGAGGGGGAUGGCCACUCUUCAGGUUUUUGAGGAACUGCCCUGCAAGGAGCCAGAGAGCCUUGACGAUGAACAGAGCGACAGCGGCAUGGUCCUGCCGUCUGAGGAGCUGAAGCAUCUGAUGACAAAUAACAGCACCAAGAACAGGAAACUCAGCAGGUUUCUUUCCUUUGCCAAGUGUCAGGACAACCAGGUGCGUUUUCUGUGCAAAGACAUCAGAGGUCUCCGUGACGACGAGCCGUCCAUCCUGCCAUGUGAUUGGGAAUCUGACGAAGGCGGCUCCCCUCCUCCUGACUACAACUCUGCUUUUCUGUACCCCUCUCUCUAGUAUCUGCUCUUGUCUUUGACAACAUUGCACAGGGUAUAAAAAUACACAUUCCUGCUCUUCAUUUCUCGUCAAUCAGAGCUUUUUCUGCUUUUACACUUUCUACCUCUACCUCGUUACGAUAUCUGCAGGUAUUCUCUCUUUCACUUGUCUUCUUUACCCAAACGUACAAAUUAACACUCUGGAUUCAACUCCAAACAUGGCUUUGCUUCUCUUCUGUUACAUGUGCACUGAAGCUUUUUCAGUAUGACAAAGUAUUAUCCUGCAUCAACACACACCACACCUUAUCAGAGCAGCCAAGCCUUACAUGCUGAAUAAUGCUGUUUUCACUAACCUGCAAGUAUUAUUAGUUUUUGUAUUGGUACCUCAUGUGCUGAGCUUUGUAAAGAGAAACACUGCUGUAUCAAACAUUUGUUUCUCCUACAUAGUGACUAUAUGCUGGAAGAAAACAGGUAUUUACUCUGUUCUUAGACUGAAUGUAGCUCUCUGUAUUUAUAUGAAUGCUGUAACAUUUAAGACUGACAUUUCUGUUCCUUAAAUUAACAUUGCCUGAAUGCACAUUUUCCCUUCACUGCUAGUUCAUUUAGCAUAGUCUUUCUUAAACUAGUAAGUCCAAACUGUUCUUGCCAAAACAUGAUCGAACAAAGAGAUGGAGACAUAUUCUUAAAAAUAAAAGCACAUUAUCGAUUUGUUUCAUUGACUUUUCCACAUUAAAUCAGCUUUAUUUCCCACUUUUAGUUCCUGGCCCACAAGUUAAAGGUCACAUAUUUUACCCCUUUGAGACAAGUUUAAUUUGGUCUUAGAGGCCCCCAAAACAUGCCUGUAAGGUUUGUUGCUUAAAAAAAAAAACACUCCAGUAUUGAAGUUUCUCUGUUUCCGCCCUGCUCAGAACAGGCUCCGCCCCUGAUCACGCCCCUCUCAGGAAAUGGAUGUGUCUUAAUGGAUGUGGCUCUCCUGAUCCUCCUCUCAGCUGGCAGCUGAGAGGAGGAUCAGGAGAGGAGGGCGGACCUUUCCUCCAAGUUGGGAGGGCCAAC